GCCGGGGCUCGCACAGCGCCCGCCGGGCCCGGCACCCCGCCACCGCCCGGCAGCCCGGCGCCCCUGCCAUGGAUUCCUUUAAAGGUGGAAUGAAUUUGGAGAGACUGCCUGAGAGCUUGAGACCCCAACCCUCUCAUGACAUGGCUUCCAGCUUCCAUUUGCAAAGAUCCUCGGAACCCAGAGACCCGAUCGACAACUCAGCCAGUGAAUCCUCCGACACGGAGGUGCCAGAAAAAGAACGUAGCGGAGAGCAGAAAAACGAGGACGGGGCCGCCGACGACCCGGCGAAGAAGAAGAAGCAGCGGCGGCAGCGGACCCACUUCACCAGCCAGCAGCUGCAGGAGCUGGAGGCCACCUUCCAGCGGAACCGCUACCCCGACAUGAGCAUGAGGGAGGAGAUCGCCGUCUGGACCAACCUCACCGAGCCCCGAGUCCGGGUUUGGUUCAAGAACCGCCGAGCCAAGUGGAGAAAGCGGGAGCGGAACCAGCAGAUGGACCUGUGCAAGAACGGCUACGUGCCCCAGUUCAGCGGGCUGAUGCAGCCCUACGAUGACAUGUACGCCGGCUACCCCUACAACAACUGGGCCACCAAAAGCCUCACCCCGGCGCCGCUCUCCACCAAGAGCUUCACCUUCUUCAACUCCAUGAGCCCCCUCUCCUCGCAGUCCAUGUUCUCGGCGCCCAGCAGCAUCCCCUCCAUGAACAUGCCCUCCAGUAUGGGCCACUCGGGCGUGCCGGGCAUGGCCAACUCCGGCCUCAACAACAUCAACAACAUCAGCGGCUCCUCGCUCAACUCGGCCAUGUCCUCGCCGGCCUGUCCCUACGGGCCACCGGGCUCGCCCUACAGCGUCUACCGGGACACUUGCAACUCCAGCUUAGCCAGCCUCAGACUGAAAUCAAAGCAGCACUCGAGUUUCGGCUACAGCAGUUUGCAAAGCCCCGGCUCUAGUUUAAACGCCUGUCAGUACAACAGUUGACGGACUUGACACAAACCACCUCCGACAAAGCACCGCCGACAAAGCGAAGCAGAAGC